AUGGCAUCUGGAGAGCUUUCGAAGGAUGACGGCUACCACAGCCCACUGGGGUGCAGAGAUGUUGAAACCCAAAGUAUAAGAAAUGCGGAAAACUCGCCGGACAAUAUAGCUAACUAUGGUGCCACCAAAGACGAAGAAAGUCCGGUAUCAGAGGCAGCCCAAGAUGUCUCCCGCGGCUGCUGGCCGAAGUGCUGCCCUGAUUGGUUCUUGGAUGAAUUUCGGAAAAUGGCGUCACUCUCUUGGUCAAUGUUCUUGCUUGCCGUAUUUAGUUAUCUCAUCGGUCCUGUGAGCUUGGCAUUCUGUGGGCAUCUCGGUACGAAGGCAAUGGAUGGAGUCGCUUUGGCCUUAACGGUCAUCAACGUCACAGGCAUUUCAAUUGCAAUGGGGCUUGCCAUGGCGUGUGGGACAUUUUUCGCACAGUCUUACGGAAGUGUCAACAAAGGGCGGGUGGGUCUCUAUCUUCUGCGCAGCCUGAUCAUCCUCCUCCUCUUCAUACUGCCAUGCUGGGCCAUACAUCUGAACGCCGAGGCACUCCUACUCAAAUUCGACCAAGAGAAAGAAGUCGCCCGAAUCGCAGGGGAAUAUAUCGCUUACUUCAUGCCCGCCAUGCCGGGUGUGUUCGUCAUGGAGAUCCUGAUGCAAUACUUACGGUGCCAGAACAUUAUCUUUCCCACGAUCGUGAUCGGAGGGGCAGGGGUGGUGGUCAACGCAGUCGUGCAUGCGCUGUUGCUGUUUGUAGUUGGAAUGGGAAGCAACGGUUCUGCUCUUGCCCAAGUUAUCACGUUCAACUUCAUGGCCUUGUCUCUCAUUGCCUACAUAAUCUAUAUGGGCGUCUACAAGGAAACAUGGGAAGGGUGGAAGUUGAGGGACGUAUUCGAGGACUGGGGCGUAUUCCUGAAGUUAGCUGUCUCUGGCAUGCUGAUGCUGGGCAUGGAGUGGUGGACCUUUGAGAUAGGCACGUUGAUUUCAGGUGUUUUCGACCCGGUCUCUCUUGGGGCGCAGUCGAUCGGAUUUCAACUACUCUCCGUCGUAUACAUGGUUCCUCUUGGUAUAUCCCUUGCCAGUACGAUACGGGUUGGUCACCUGCUCGGAGCAGAAGACCACAAGCAGGUUGUGCGGGCAAUCAAGGUGACAUUUGCGUUGGCCGUCUUCUGUGAAUGCGUGGUUGGGUUAGUUCUGGUGGCUUUCCAUACACUUCUUCCGAAGAUCUUCACCACUGACCCAGCGAUUAUAGACUACGCUGGUUACAUUGUUCUCAUGGUCGCCUUAUAUGAAGUAUUCGACUCAAUAGCGGUGAGCAACAACUAUCAUAAACUCCCAUAA